AUGGCCAACAAUGGAUAUGAUAGCUCUUCUAGUGAUGAAACAGGUGCCAACAUAAUGUUUUUGAAAAUGUUCAAAAACUACCAAAGGAAAAAAGCAGCGAAAAAGAAGGAGAAGACCUCGAUGGUUGUCCAUGGGGAUUUUCGUAAUAGAUUUCGCAUGAGGCGUGAGUUGUUUAAUCUAAUAAUGAAACAAAUUGUCCUUUUUGACGAUUACUUCAAACAAAAACCUAAUGCCACUGGAAAGCUUGGUUUCUCACCACAAGUGAAGAUGACAGCCGCCAUGCGUAUGCUUGCAUAUGGUACAACAGCUGACCUCAAUGAUGAUUACUUGAAGAUAGCAGAGACCACAUCCUUUGAAGCUUGCAAGAGAUUCUGUCAUGCAGUCAACAACUUAUACAGAGCUGAAUAUCUUCGUAAAUCAACAAGGGCGGACCUACAAAAACUGCUCCAAAAAGUUGAGGAACAUGGGUUUCAUGGCAUGCUAGGAAGCCUUGACUACAUGCAUUGGGAGUGGACAACAUGGGGCAUACACGGGCCACCAUGGUCGUCCAACCAUAAUCCUUGA